GUCGUGAUAAAAUUGAUGAGUUUAGAACGGUUGUAAGAGAUGGGAAAUUUGCAUUCGGGGUUUUCGUAGGGGUUUUAGAAGAAAAAUUUAAAAAAGGAGCAUAUGAAUCGGCUAAAAGUUCAGAAGGCGAUAUUAUUAUUACCGUGUAUAAUAGAAUGUGUCAAGAUAUAGAGAGGUUUAUCGCUGGUCGAUUUUCCGAACAAAUUC